UUCCAACGCCCAAACUCUGAGGACCUUCUUUUCUUUUGUAACAUAUCUUUCUUCUUUCCUUACAAGGAGAGGGAGAGAAAGAAACGGAGAGAGAAAGAGAGGACGUAAUCUCCUUCCUUCCUUCCAUUUCCAUUUGUCCCAGCAAGGUCAUGAUCUUCCCUGUCCCUACCUUCUGAGACUGCUCAUAACCUCUUCCUCUUUUUUCUAUCUCCUUCUCAUCAUCCCCUUCUCCUUCGACGACGGCCAUUACCACAUUAUAUCAGAGAAGUCUUUGUUUUUUCUGUUCUUCGCCUCGCAGGGUCUUAAAAGGACAGCGAUAGUUUCCCACAUACAGAAAAUAUUAUCGUAGUGGGGGAACAUGGCUACUCGAUCGUUCAGUCGUUAUGUUGAGGAAGAACUAGGAAAGAUUCCACACUUCAUGAUCUUUGCUGUGUUCGAAUGGGUUUUGAUAAUCUUGCUUUUUAUUGAUGGGCUUCUUGCAUUCGCCGCGAAUGAGUUCGCCAGGUUCUUCGAAUUGAAGAUUCCGUGCUUGCUUUGCACCAGACUCGACCACGUUUUGGUUCACAGAAACCCAGAUUUCUAUUACAACGAUUCCGUAUGUGAGUCCCACAAGAAGGAUGUAUCGUGUUUGGCUUUUUGCCACAACCAUAGGAAACUCUCCGAUAUUAAGAAAAUGUGCGAAAGCUGCCUCCUUUCUUUUGCCACAGAGAAAGAAUCGGAUUGCGAUACCUACAAAUCUCUUGUCGGGAUUCUUCACAAAGAUCUAGAAUGCUUCGUUGAGGAUGAUCAGCAGAUUCAAUUGAGCCUGAGAGAUGAUGGGAUGCCUCUAGAGAAAAGUAGUACGCAGAAGUGUUCUUGCUGUGGGAAGCCUUUAAGGGCAAAAUCUUCUUAUCCUAAAGGGAAAAGUUCUUACUCACAUGCUCCCGUUCCUUCACCUCGAGCUCAUCCUCAUACGACGUCGAGGAAUGAGGAAUCUCGUGGUUUGGAAUUACCUCAAACCCCACGAACCCGAUUGACAGACACCAAGAUUAGUGAUUCGGAGGCCACUGAAGAUGUGGAUGGCUACCAUGGGAAUCAUAGUCAAGAUGCCAAAUCAAAGGAAGAUUUGAGAGCUGCUUCUGGGACAGAAGGUGAGGAGGAACCGAACAAAACCCCUACCUUUACGAGGGGCAAUAAGUUCUUUGGGAUUCCACUUGCAGAUGCUGCAAACUAUAUCCCCAGAUCAUGGUCAUUCAAACCCAAUAAGAAAUCCUCACUGGAGAAAACGGACUUGUCUGGUGACUCCACUGAGGGACAUGGUCAUUUUGAAGCAGAAGAUGCCAUCUUGAACCAUUUGAAGCGACAUGUUCGCUUGGAUCGCAAGUCACUCAUGGCUUUGUACAUGGAGCUGGAUGAAGAAAGAAGUGCUUCUGCUGUUGCUGCUAACAAUGCAAUGGCCAUGAUCACCCGAUUACAGGCGGAGAAGGCAGCCGUGCAGAUGGAAGCUUUACAGUACCAGAGAAUGAUGGAGGAGCAAGCAGAGUAUGAUGAAGAAGCCCUACAAGCAGCCAGUGAGAUGCUUAUGAGAAGAGAGGAUGAAAUCAAAGCUCUAGAAGCUGAAUUGGCCAUUUACAGAGAGAAAUAUGGAUGCUUAUCGGAAGAUGAUUUUAAGGAUAUAAUGAGAGACCUUCAUGAAGAUUCCCAGGAAUUCAGAUUUCAGCCUUACUUAUCUCACCAAGGGAGUACAGGCUCUCCUCCCAUGUUCAGUGAAGGUGAGGAUAAUGAAGAAAAGGGCCACAAAUUUCAUCAAGCAGGGUCAGCUCAGAUGGAUAGUGGUGGGGCAAGACCAAGCGAGUCACUUAGAGACAUAAAGGGGGACAAAUCACAUCUUCUAAACCGGAUAAAGAAGCUGGAUACUAGAAAUCACAUAGUAGACAAUGGGUUUCAAUUCCCACAAUUUAGUUCUGACAGUUCAAGCGUUGUACAACAUGGGACAGAUAAAGCAAGUGAAGCCUCCCUGACAUCCCUUACUGAUAUUGUGAAGGCUCUUGAAGCAGACAGUAAGUUCUUAGAGCUUGUUGGCAAGCAACAUGAAGAACAAAGUGAAGAAUCCGAAAUUUUGACAGCCAUAUCAGAGAAUCUGGAGAAGCUCAAGCACCUUGUAAUGAAUUCUCCAAAGACAUCCCCUAAGGCAUGCCCUGUGUCAGACUAUGCAUGAUCCUACCGGUUUUGAUGGUAAUGGACUCUCUCGAGUGUAGUGGAAGAAAGUUAUUACAGGCAGACAUUUAAAGAGGCAGCUCAGAGUCUCACUGGUGGUGGAGGCUUGAGAGUCUGAGACCAGAGUGUGAUUGAGACAUUACAUGUGCUUGCCCGGGGGGGGGGGGGGGGGAGGUCAGGUAUAGGAAGCUUGGAUGGAUAUACGGUGUUAAUACCAAAUUCCUUCUCUCUCAAUUUUCUCGGUGUAAUAUUUCUGAAACUAGAGGCGUUGCACUUGAAAGUUACAAAGAAUGUCCUGUAAAAGCUCACACAGUUUCUCUGAAUAUCCACAUCAAUAGGCUUCUAGUUAUCUUCACUAGGAUCAAUUGGACAAACUUGACUAGGUUUGCUUGUUUAUAUAUAUGAUUUUAUUUUGACAGUUC